GGCAGGCAAGUAAAGUUCAGCGCAGCGAGCAGUCCGCACAGCAGCGGCCGCCCGCCCGCCCGCCACCCCUCAGCACAGCCGAAAGGGAGGAGGGGAGGGGGAAGCAGAGAGAGAGAGAAAGAGAGAGAGAAAAAAAUUAACGCACAACAAACCCGAGGACGCUGCUGCCCUUUGGCCACUUUCCCAGCCGUUUGCAGAAGAUUGCCCAAGUUCGCCCCCACCCCUAGAAAAAUGCAACUUGACUUUUAGUGGGUAACGCAAGGUGAGCAGCAAGACACAUGCGGGCACAAAUAAUGCAGCCACCAGUGAGCGCCGCGCCAAAAAGCCAAGUAAAUAAUCUAGGAUUGGAAACAAACGAACACAGAACCCUGUCACCCGCGGGUAUGAGAAGAAGUGGAGGAGCGCUUUGACAAUUGCAGCCGGAGAGAGCUGCAAGGGAGGGCAAGUUUGGGACUUUGAGGUUUUGUCUGGAUUAUGGCACCUUCGCUGCGAAAACAGUCCCCCUCCAGGUACAAAGCCACGAUCGAGUCCCCGGCACAGUCAUGACAAGCCCGCUGCAAGAGUCUUGAUCUACAUUGGAUUCGAAUGUCAAAACCUCAUACUCCACACAUAUAAAACACACUGACUUGCUCCGGCGACUUCCAUCCAGGUUUGGAUGUUCUUGAGUGUUUCAACGUUAAGGCUUCCCCGUGUAAUGUUGGCAUAUUUAGUUUAAUUGAAAAAGGGGAGGGUAGGUAUUCACCACCCCCCCUUUUUAAAAAAAAAACGCAAUUAAUUUCGACAUUUAUAUGCUGGCUUCGCACUUGGCGUUAAAACCACAACCGGUUUCUUUACUCGGGGGGGUGGGAAUGAACCUGUGGCGGCCGCGCUGUAAGAAAAAAGGACAAUAAAUCGAAAUGAAGGAAAAAUCCAAAAAUGCUGCCCGAACGAGACGGGAGAAGGAAAACAGUGAAUUUUACGAACUAGCCAAAUUGCUGCCGCUGCCGUCUGCAAUAACAUCACAGCUCGACAAAGCUUCCAUCAUAAGGCUGACAACCAGUUACUUGAAGAUGCGGGUGGUUUUCCCUCAAGGACUAGGGGAGGCCUGGGGCCAGCCCAGCCGCACUGGCAAUUUGGAUAAUGUCGGCCGAGAAUUGGGAUCUCAUCUGCUACAGACGCUGGAUGGUUUCAUCUUCGUGGUUGCUCCAGAUGGGAAGAUCAUGUACAUUUCCGAAACGGCGUCAGUUCAUCUGGGGCUGUCACAGGUAGAGUUGACCGGGAACAGCAUUUAUGAGUAUAUUCACCCAGCUGAUCACGAUGAGAUGACUGCAGUUCUAACAGCCCACCAGCCCUACCACUCUCACCUCGUUCAAGAAUAUGAGAUUGAACGUUCGUUUUUCCUGAGGAUGAAAUGUGUCCUAGCAAAGAGAAAUGCCGGCUUGACGUGCGGUGGUUACAAGGUCAUCCAUUGUAGUGGCUAUUUAAAGAUACGCCAAUACAGUCUGGACAUGUCGCCUUUCGAUGGAUGUUAUCAAAAUGUUGGAUUGGUCGCAGUCGGCCAUUCACUGCCUCCCAGCGCUGUGACAGAGAUUAAACUGCACAGCAACAUGUUCAUGUUUCGAGCCAGCCUUGACAUGAAACUUAUAUUCCUUGAUUCCAGGGUAGCUGAGCUGACCGGUUAUGAACCUCAGGAUUUAAUAGAAAAAACUCUCUACCAUCACGUACAUGGGUGUGAUACGUUUCAUUUGCGCUGUGCCCAUCAUUUGUUGCUUGUUAAAGGACAGGUAACAACAAAGUAUUAUCGGUUCCUUGCAAAGCAUGGUGGCUGGGUUUGGGUACAAAGCUACGCAACUAUUGUCCACAAUAGCAGAUCGUCAAGGCCACAUUGCAUCGUCAGCGUCAACUAUGUCCUCACGGAUGCAGAAUACAAGGGGCUACAACUUUCGCUGGAUCAAGUAACAGCAACAAAGCCAUCGUUUCCAUACUCAAACUCAACCCCGACCAUCACUGACUCCAGAAAGGCAGCCAAAUCUCGCCUGGGCCGAACAAAAUCCAAACUAAGAGCAUCACCAUAUCCACAGUACUCUGGAUUCCACACUGAGAGAUCCGAGUCGGACCACGAGAGCCAGUGGGGUGGAAGUCCACUGACAGACAAUGCCUCCCCACAGUUGCUGGACCAUACAGAAGGGCAACAGCCUCAAGCCCAGCACAAUAUCAUAUCCUGCGCCUACGGACAGUUCUCGGACAGAAACUCUCUGUGCUACGGCUUUGCACUGGAGCACUCCAGGUCGGUGGAGGAGAAGCAGACGCAUAUACACGCGUCUCCCUGCGAGGGCGGGCGGUGCGAGGCCGGCAGAUACUUCCUCGGAGGCUCGCAGUCAGCGAGAGAGAACUGGUGGAGCUCGUCCCGUAUGACACUGGCCCUGGCAAAGUCAUCUCCGGAGAACAGAGACGGAUAUGAAAGCAGCAUGCCACACAUCGCCUCUAUCCCCACUAUUCACGGAAGAGGACACUGGGACGAGGAAAGCGUGGUCAGUUCGCCGGACCCCUGCUCUGCCAGCGAGUCGGGCGAUAGAUACCACAACGAGAGGUACCAGAGCAGCCCGCACGAGCCCAGCAAGAUUGAGACUCUAAUCCGAGCCACGCAGCAGAUGAUCAAAGAAGAGGAGAGCCGGCUGCAGAUGCGCAAGGCUGCCUCCGAGCAAUUGCAGACUAUGAACGGCAUGGGCAAGGUUCACGCCGCCUGCUUCAACGUGAGCUACCAGCAGCAGCAGAUGACCGGUGUGGUGUGUCGUGCCCCACUGGUGACCAACACAUCCCCCUGCGAUCACCUCCAACAGAGGGAAGGAAAGAUCAUGAGUUCUCACGAGAGCGAAUACCACGGCAGCCCAGUCUCACUGUCCAGAAUAAGCAGCCCCCAUACUGAGCGGAUCUCAAAGGACAAUGUUGCCUUGGGUAAGGACUACCUGGCUUCUGACCUGUCCCCUCAUCAAACAGGGGGCAACUGCGCAUCCUCCCCAAACUAUUACUCCACCCACCACCAGCAGUACUUCGAUAAGCAUGCGUACGCGCUGACUGGCUAUGCCUUUGAACACCUGUAUGACACCGAAGCCAUAAAAAACUACUCUCUGGGCUGCAAUGGCAGUCACUUUGACGUGCCCUCUCACUUCCGAAUGCAACAGGACCCGACCCACACGCACAAGGGCACUUCAGUUAUAAUCACCAACGGAAGCUGAUGUCUCACUGAGGACAGAGGUCACGGUGGAACGUCGCCAGCAGAGAUAAAGCAGCGAUUUGAACUUGAAGCAAGCAUUGAAGCUGCAUUUGUACUCCCAGUGCUAGCAUGCGUAUAGAAGCACUAAGCUGGGUUUACUGAUCCACUCUGUUUGGGAUCUGGUUCAUACAUACUGCUACUCCAGAUGCACUGCAGAGCAGUCAAGAUUAAUCACUGUAAAGGGUGAGGGAACUGGGUGUAAUUUGGGGUCGCCUUCCCCUCUGCUUGUCUUAGCAAAAUCCUAACUGUGUUCUUUGCCAAGCAGUUUACAAUUCUUUGUUUUCAGGCAGAGUACAAAGGAAUUCUAUCCCUGCUCCAGCCCUGGGCCUAGGGUUCAGUCCGCGCUAAGUAAAUGGUUAAAUGCGAACCAGGGUAUCAUUUUUGUUUUGUUUUCAUUUCACGACAUUUAAUGAACAGUUUUUCAAAAAUGUCAAAGAAAACUGAGAAACCUGGCAGUGAAGUUAGAGACAAGUGAACAACUUCGAUGGUGCAUGAGUAACUCCUUAACUUAGCAAAGUGAUGGUUGUAGUAAACUGAUGGAAUAGGUGUUACAUUCGGAGAAAUAGCCCACAGAUAAUAUGAUAAUGGUUAGCAGGCUGCUUGCUGGUACCAUGAUAGAAAAUUGUCCUUAAGAACAACAGGAAAUAAAGUAUAGUCUACUUCACUAUACACCACCUCUGAAUUUCAGUUCCAUUGAGAGAAGUCUGAAGAAGGGUCUCCACCCCGAAACGUCACCCAUUCCUUCUCUCCAGAGAAGCUUGCCUGUCCUGCUGUGUUACUCCGGCUUUUUGUGUCUGUCUUCAGUUCCAUUGGGUUGAAUUGAAAUGAGGAACCAGAGCACGUUGCAGCACAGCGGUAGAGCUGCUGCCUCACAGCGCCAGAGACCCGGGUUCGAUCCUGACUAUGGGCGCUGUCGGUGCGGAGUUUGUAUGUUC